GUGCCCCAGUUUUCCCUGAAAGCCCCACCGGCUCGCAGAUUAAUAUUUAGUUUCCCUCUUAAAUAUCCUCCGGGACUUUUCUUCAAUCCUCAAAACUAUUUCCCCCUUAUCUUCUUCUUCUUCUUCUUCUUCUUCAAUUCUCUCUCUCUCUCUUCCUUCUUCCGAUUUUAUGCUUUUCUUCUGUAUUUGCGGUUGCUGAAAAUGCGGAUGAGUUGUAAUGGUUGCAGAGUUCUUCGCAAAGGUUGCAGUGAAAAUUGUAGUAUUCGACCUUGUUUGCAGUGGAUCAAGAGUCCUGAAUCUCAGGCUAACGCUACUGUUUUUCUUGCUAAGUUUUAUGGCCGUGCUGGACUUAUGAAUCUUAUCAACGCUGGUCCUGAGCAUCUACGGCCUGCGAUCUUUAGAUCUCUUCUCUAUGAGGCUUGUGGACGGAUUGUGAAUCCGAUUUACGGAUCGGUUGGAUUGUUGUGGUCUAGUAAUUGGCAUCUCUGUCAGGCGGCUGUUGAGGCGGUGCUUAAAGGUGCUCCGAUUAUUCCGAUUAAUUCUGAGGCGGCCACGACUGGCGAUGGACCGCCGUUGAAGGCUUACGACAUUCGGCAUAUUUCUAAGGAUGAAAACUCCGCCGCCUCCAACGAUGGUGGAGCGAAUCGGCGAGUCAGGACUCGGUGCCGUUUUAAGCGAUCGGCCGUGAAGGAUAAAGAGAGUACUGGAAUUGUAUCUGCUGUAGCGGAGUCGACUCGGCGACUGUUCUCCUCGACAGAGAUUAACCGUUCGUCGAGCGGUGAGUCGUCGCUGACUCACCAAUCUGACUCGCCGCAUCUCGAACAUGAGAGCAAAGAAACCGAGAGCAUGAUCUCGGUGGAGACGGCGGAUGUUUCUCCUCCUUCGGCGCCGUCGGCUUUUUUCAGAUCGGAAUCCAGUCACGUACAAAGAAAAUUCACCAACCACGACGGCGGCAGGAUGACAAUUCCGGAAAGCGAAUUAGCUCUAGAACUUACCCUGGGGAUGGAGCCGGUAUCACGUGCCCAGCACGUGGUUCCAAUGAAGAAGCGAAAGAUAGAGGCCAACGAUGGGCUGAGGCCCAAUAAGGAAACGUGCAAUACGAUUUUGGGCCUGGAUUUUGUAGCCGGAAACUAGGCCUAAUAAGGAGCCCACAUAUUGAUAAAAAACAUGAAAAC